GGGAAGGUAUGAGAUUGGGUUUACCCCUGCCCUGGGGUACCCUACCACAUUCGUAUUCUUAUUUUUAUACACACUUGAAAAUCGAGUUUUCUGUGCUGAGCAACACAGCUCAAAUUGAAAGACCUUCACUCUCCGUGGAUUCGUAGCACAGGUUGAAAAGAUGUCUUCAAAUAUUGCUCAAAUACGCCUUGUCCAUUCACAUCCUGAGGUUUAUGAACCAUGUGAUGAUUCUUUUGCUCUAGUUGAUGCACUUCUAGCUGAUCGAGUUAACUUGUUAGAGCAUCGUCCAACUUUGUGUAUGGAAGUGGGUUGUGGUAGUGGAUAUGUUAUAACUUCUCUAGCUCUUAUGCUGGGACAGGAAGAUUCUGGGGUUCACUAUAUUGCCACUGAUAUAAACCCUCAUGCAGUCCAAGUCACCGGCCGUACAUUGGAAGCACAUGGUGUUCAUGCAGAGUUGAUUAACACCAACAUUGCAGCAGGACUGGAAAAGCGUCUGGCAAGAUCAGUUGAUGUGAUGGUUGUGAAUCCACCGUAUGUACCAACACCUGAAGAUGAAGUUGGUCGUGAAGGAAUAGCCUCUGCUUGGGCUGGAGGGGAGAAUGGCCGGAGCGUUAUUGAUAAGAUAUUGCCCAUUGCUGAAAAACUCUUAUCAGAAAGAGGCUGGUUAUACCUGGUGACUCUUACCACAAACAAUCCUUCACAAAUAUGCCUCCAAAUGAGGGCGAAGGGUUAUGCUUCUAGAAUUGUUAUCCAGAGAUCAACAGAAGAAGAGAAUCUGCACAUUAUCAAGUUCUGGCGGGAUUCUGAUUUUCCAUUGAAUACAAAGGAAGUGCCAACAAACAAAACAGUUUCUUCCAGAGUAAUGGAAACCCUGCUUUCGCAAGUUCAGCGAUUUUCAUUUAAAUUAAGUAGCAGCAGCAACAGCAGCUGAUGUACAAGCAACAGUGAAAUGAAGAUGUAAGUGUAUUUACUCCAAAAUCUGGAUAUACACCAUGUUCUGUCUUCAUGUCCAAUGUUCAUACUAUUCAUUUUCUUGGACCGAUAUUACAGGAGUGUGGAAGCACACAUGUGAUUAUUUGGUGCCACCUUGUGCUAACUAGUUGAAAGUUCAGUGAUUCAGUAAUAGCAAUGAUUUUGUCAUGAUGAGGAGCAAUGGCAUCAUGAAAUUGCUGGAUGAACCUGGUCUUUCAUCUGGGCAUGUGCCUUGUUCGGGUUCUUGGAAUAGCAAUAGGCCAUUGAUCUUAUAUCAACUUAUAGUAUCACCAUUGAUCAACCUUAUUUAUAGUUGGCUUGUCUGGUGAUUACUUUUCUUUAUUUGUUUAAUUUUGGUGCCCUUGAUUCCAAUACCUACUACUUAUUUAUAUAUAGACAGUUGAUAGUACAUCAGAACUAAAUGGCAUAUAGUAUUGUCAA